CUUGUCGCAAUCAAUCCUGCCUUCCUUCGCUGGCAGCCCAACACGGAACCUCAGCCAUAACAACUACUCCCACUUCUUUAUGACGUGUUAGGUCCCAUCGACAAAUGGUUAUUCCGGGACUCUGUCCCCCCUUCUUUCCAUCGACAUAAAAUCGGUCGAACCGAAACCACUUACGCCAAACAAACAUCCCAUCCCUCUUCCCAAGGAUGGACGCACAUGCCCUCCUCUCCGCGCAAGGGUGGCGCGGCAAAGGCCAUUCGCUUCAUGCGACAGACGACUCGAUCGGGCUUGCGAAGCCACUUCUCCUGAAUCGCAAGGACAAUACGAAAGGGUUGGGCACCAAGGCACACUUCACGAGCGACACGUGGUGGAUGAACGCGUUCGACGAACAGCUCCAGGGACUGGACACCUCAAAGAAAGGCCAGGUGACACAGACGGUGACACAGGGUCGGCUGAACCAGAUCGAAAAGGUGUCAGGCGGCAAAUGGAUGCUGUAUGCGAGCUUCGUGCGGGGUGGGUUUCUGGAGGGGACAAUUCAAGAGCACGAGAGGAGGGUAAAAGAGGAGGAUGAGGCGAGUGGUGCGUCCACACCUGAGAGCGAAGAGACAACGACGAGCUCGGAAAGCGAUGCAGGUUCUGGGCCGGGCGUAACGAAUAGUAAGAAGAGGCAGAGGGGGGAGACGAAGGCGGAAAGGAGGGCGAGGAGGGUUGCGAAGAAGGCAAGGAAAGCAGCGAGGGAGGCGAGGAGACAAGCUAGAACCGCAAAGAAGGCUUCCAAGACUUCUUCGAAAGAUCGCAAAGAGUCUAAGGAAGAGAAGAGGGCGAGGAGGGAGGCAAAGAAGGCCAAGAGGGAAGCGAGGAAAGCGAAAAAGGGGGGGUCCGGGUGAGGGAGAGGAACCCAUCUUGAUCUUUCGACGCAAUGGUCGAUGGUCGACCACAAAUACCCACGGUUUGGCUAACACAUCAUCUCGCCAACCAUUCACCAACAUUC